CCUAGAAGAAGACACCACCGCAACUUCGUCUCCUCGCUGGAACUCCCACCUCUCGCUUUGAGCGACAUCUUCCCGCCAAGCUUCUCCAUGAUGCAGAAAGAUAUGGAGGAGUCUGCUAGGCUGUUGGAAGAUGGUUGUGAGACUGAGACGCAUUCCUCCUCUGGCAUUGUUCCUCAAUUCGAACAGCCGCAGCAAGAGAAUUGGCCCAAUUUCGCCAACAACGAUAUCAUGCGACAGCACUCCGAUAUCCAAGAUGCUAAAGCCCAUAAACUGCUCAGCGAUAAGGCACUCCUAUUUCUUGAGCAGUUGGACAAUGCACUUCAAGGACAUGAUGAUUCAUUAAAGUUUUGCAAGUCAUCAGUGGAGCCUAUGGGUGAAGAGAGUGAUCAUGUUCACAUUAUCGCUCUAUUAGAUGCCCUUGGGUUUCCCAUUCGUGUUGUAUACCUUGACCGUAGUUCGUGCGAUACCGGUGAAGUUACUGUAAAUCAUCAUGAUUUCGUGCCUGCUUCUACCGGUGAUCCUCCAAAGGUUACUAAAGACACUAACAAACCUUUUAUCACAUUGUUGUACCGCCCAGGUCACUAUGACAUUCUCUACCCAAAGUGA